ACGGUAUCUCAGAGACCCAGAGACUGACUGAAUAAGAGCUCCAGCAAAGAGUUUCCCUGUGGACUGGCUUAACCUGGGAACCUGGGCUUAACCAGUGGAUCUUGACUAGAAUAAAGAUGAGUUCUGAAGGUUGUUCCAUAACAGAGAACAGCUCCUUGCAUCUGGAGAGAGGACAACAAAGUAACAUGUCCAGCCCUCAUUUUGCAACACAUCAUGAAGGAUCCCUUCAAGUUCCCAUCCCAUGUGCUGUGCUCACUGUGGUCAUCAUCGUCUCUUUAAUCAUAGCUCUCGUUGCUUUAUCAGAGGGCCAAUACAAUUGUCCUGGCCAGUAUAUGUCCUCAGUGCUAUCAAAUAGCUAUGUUUCUUCAUGCUCAGAUGACUGGAUUGGAUAUCAGAAGAAAUGCUACUUCAUUUCCAGUGUGAUGAAGAACUGGACCUUGGCCCAAAAUUUUUGCUCCAAACAUGGUGCUACUCUUGCUCUCAUUGAUUCUGAGAAGGACUUGACUUUUUUAAAACGGUAUGUGGGUAGAGCUGGACACUGGAUUGGACUGAAAAAUGAAGCUGGUCAGACAUGGAAAUGGUCAAAUGGCAAAGAAUUUAACAACUGGUUCAACCUUAUAGGAUCAGAGAGCUGUGCAUCUCUGAAUAGCACAGAGGUCAGCAGUGCAGAAUGUGAAAAGGAUUUACACUGGAUAUGUAGCAAAUCCUACAAAUAAUGGAGAAUCAUUUGCUUAUAGACCAUUAUAUCGUGGAACUCAAGGAAAUUGGUGUCGAUGGGUGGUUGCUCUAUGGUCAGAAGUUUCCCAUUAAGCUUUGUGAAAAAACUUUGUAUUUACUUUGAAAAUCUUCUUCCAAAAAGGACUAUGGAAAAAAGGGAGAAAAAUUCCAGGAAUUUCUGCAUUGAGGAAGACUCCUGCCAGGAGCUGGAAACAUCACAGGUUAACUGAUAAUUAUGUCCAAGAAGGAGAAGAAGGACUUUAAACCUUUGGGAUGCACUUUAUAUAUUUUUAAAAUUCAGAAAUAAUAAAAUAACUAGGUUUAGAAUUAUUAUUUAUUGUUGAAUGACUGCUGACACUGAGUGUCCUUCAUGCAUUUGCACUAUUUGAAGGAAUUUGAUGGUGGUAUUAAAGACUGAAUGUGAUUAUAGGGAUCUUUAACUAGUAACACAGAUACUUAGGCUAAGUGCAUUUUUUUAAACUCAGAGAACAUUUACAAGUGAACAAAUGCUUAUGAAACUAAGCUUUGUAAAAUUUCUCUCUUUUUAGAGAAGUUCACCAAGUUGCUUGUCAUUUUUUUUCUCUAAAAGAGUGGGAUGAUCAUCUAUUUAUGGGCUUUUUGUUUUUCUUCUUCUAUGUAGGCUCAUCUCCCUCAAAGGUACAUAACUCAUUGCCUUUAAAACUUUAUAUACAGCAUUUUACAGAGAUAAAGACAAAAGCAAAGAAUAUGAGGAAUAUUUGCAAAACAGACCAAAGUAUUGGAAAAUAUGCAGUAUGUGAUGUAGCAAAUCCCUAUCAGGAAAAAUUUUGUAUUUUUCAAAACUGGAAUAAUACAAGUCUUAUUUGAUAAUAAACUUAUGCCUUUUCUAAUUAAUUCUAUCAUGUGCAAUACUUCACGUGAAGUAUUUUCUAAGUGCAAUAAAGUAUGUUUAUGUGUUCGUCUUUUGUAUUCAGUGCAAUUAUAAGCUGCUUUUAUGUUUGUUCAAAUAAAAGUGGAAUUAACAAAACAGUUUCUAAGGAGUAUUAAGUCCUUCAAAAUACACUAAAAAUUGUGUGUCGUAUUAGAAAAAACAGAAUACUAUAAAAACAUUAUCUGUAGUAAAACCUUAGCUUUAUAACAUGGCUUGUACUUACUGAAUUGUUUUCAUAUGUGUGUUUCCAAAAGAGUCGAAUCCAUUUUUCUGUGUAUAGCAGAUGCUCAGUAAACA